AUGUGUGCGAUUCUUUGGGUCAUUUGCGCGCUGGGGGCAGCGUCAACCGUGUCGUCGAAUUCGCUCCGCACCGCCGAUGGGGCCGUGGCAUCGGACGUCGUCGCCGAUGGGGCGUCGACGUUCCUGAUCAUGGCGGACUGGGGCGGCCAGGACGCGGCGCCCUUUUACACGCCCGCGGAGAAGAAGGUGGCGGCGAGCAUGGGCAGCAUGGGCGCGAACGCCUCCUUUGCCCUGGCCAUCGGGGACAACUUCUACUACUCCGGCGUGGCAGACGUCGGCAGCGCGCGCUUCAAGGCGACCUUCGAGGACGUCUUCGACGACCCGAGCCUCGCGGCGCCGAAGUUCUUCAAGGUCGUCGCCGGCAACCACGACCACGUCGGCAACGUCAGCGCGCAGCUGGCCUACGCGGCGCCGGACGCGUCGCGCUGGCACUUCCCGGCGCUCUACCACGCCUUCGUCGAGACGGCGGCCGACGGGACGACGCUGGAAGUGGUGAUGAUCGACACGGUCGAGCUCGCGGGCGACUCGGGCGACGACCUCGCCGGCUGGCAACUGCCGGGCCCGGCGUCCCGGCUCCGCUCGGAGGCCCAGUGGGCCUGGAUCGACGCGACGCUCGCGGCCUCCACCGCCUCCUACCUGAUCGUCGCGGGCCACUACCCCAUCCUGUCCGUCUGCGAGCACGGGCCGACGACGCAGCUGAUCGACCGCCUCGCGCCCCUCAUGGCCGCGGCGAACGCGUCGGCCUACCUCGCGGGCCACGACCACUGCGCCGAGUACCUCGAGCACUACGGCUUCGCGCACCACGGCGUCGGCGCCGCGCACCUCUACGACGCGUCCACGGCCCACGCGGCGGCCGUGCCGUCCGCGUCGCUCAAGUGGCACUACCUGCCGGGCGACGCGCCGUCGACGAAGGACGACGCGUCCCGGGGGGCCUUCGCCGCCGCGACGUGGGACGGCGCGAGCCUCCGCGUGGUCCACUACGACCAGGACGGCGCGGAGAUCUUCGCCGCGCCGCCAGUGCCGCCCCGGGGCUCCUAG